AUGAAGCCAGUGGAAGCUGAGGGCAGAAGUGGUGCGAAUCAGAGUACAACGCGUUGCUGCAGAAAGUCUGCUCAGAAAGAGCCCCUGGGAGAAAGGGAGCACGGGCCAGCAUUUGCGUUGGGGUUCAUCAUCUUCUACAUUUUCAUCAGGCAAAAGCGAGAUGAUGAAGGAACGUCAUCGUUUGGAAAGCAUUGCAAUAAGAUGCACGCGUUGUGCCACCACUGUGGCUCUAAGGCCAACCACCUUCAGAAGUCGACUUGGGGCAAAUGUGGCUACCCUGCCAAGAGCAAGAGAAAGUAUAACUGGAGCGCCAAGGCUAAAAGACGAAAUACCACCAGAACUGGUCAAAUGAGGCACCUAAAAAUUGUAUACCAUAGAUUCAGGCAUGGAUUCCGUGAAGGAACAACACCUAAACCCAAGAGGGCAGCUGUUGCAGCAUCCAGUUCAUCUUAAUGUCAACGAUUAGUC